AAGCGCGGUGGGAAGAAGGGCGGUCGCGGCAAGACCGCCCGAGAGGGCUCGGGCGGCGGGAAGAAGGAAAAGAUCGGGAAAGAUUUCUGGAACGAGCUGUCGUACCUCGUCAAAGUCGCCGCGCCGACGCCGACGUGCCACUUCUCGCAGCUCCUCGUCGGGCAGUUCGCGCUGCUCGUGAUGCGAACGCUGCUCACCGUGCGAGCGAACAAGGUGAACACGUUCUAUCUCACCAAGGCGAUCUCCACGGCGAGCUGGAAAUUCUGGGUGCGCUGGUUCUUCAACUUCUCCGGGUGGAUGGGCUCCGCCGUCGUCGUGAACAGCGGCUUGCGAUACACGGAGACGCUCAUACAGAUCGAGCUGAGAGCCGCGCUCACGCGUCACGCGCACAAGAAGUACAUGAGCGCGAACAACUUCUACAAGACCGCGGUGCUGCGAGACGGCGGGCUCGACAACGUGGACCAGAGAAUCGUCGCUGACGUGGACGCCUUCUCGAAAGAAGCCGCGUUCCUCUACGGCCACUCGUUCAAGCCCAUCCUCGAGUUCACGCUGUCGCUCACCGAGGCGGCGAAGGAGCUCGGGUACUCUAGACCGCUCGCGCUGUUCGGCGCGCAGAUUUUCAUAACCACGGUGUUGCGUCAGAUGUCGCCGUCGCUCGGGAAGAUGGUGGCGAAAGAGCAAGCCCUGGAGGGCGGGUUCCGGCACACGCACGCGCGUCUCAUCGCGCACGCGGAAGAGGUCGCGCUCCUCGGCGGAUCCGACCGCGAGAUUGGUAUCCUGGACGACGGCCUGAAGAACAUGGUCGUCACGCAGCGGUGGCACGCGUUGCAGAGGAUUCGCAAGUCCGUCGCGGAUAACGUGUCGAAGUUUCAGGGCUUGCUCGUCGGGUCGAUAUUUGUCCACGUCCCGUUCAUGGUCAGGGCGGCCGUCAGCGAGGGCGAGCGCAUCUCCAUGUUCCGAGCCACGGAAGAGCUCAUGCUGCGGUGCGGCAGCGCGUUCACCGAGGUGUUACUCCUGGGGAGGAACCUCGACGAGCUCGCCGGGUACACCUAUCGACUCUCGCAGUUAUUCAGAGUCAUGGACAAGGGCGUGGAGACGGAGAAGAAACGCGCCGCGGACGACCGUUUACUCAUCACCGGAGACGACGGCGUCGACGCCGGGGGCAUACGCUUCGACGGCGUCUCCGUCGGCGCGCCCGAGCCCGGGGGCGGGCACCGUCUGCUCGUCAAGGGGCUCACGAUGACCGUCGAACGCGGGUCGCACCUGCUGAUCACCGGUCCGAACGGCUCGGGGAAGACGUCGUUACUGCGCGUCCUCGCCGGUCUCUGGGCGCCGAUCGAGGGCACGGUAACGACGCCGAAGGUGGCAGACGACGAGAACAAGGACAAGGCGGUGAUGAUGUGGCUCCCGCAGCGGCCGUACUUGCUCCAGGGAUCUUUGAGAGACCAAGUCGUGUACCCGCGCACCGCGCUGGCGGAUGGGAACUUGUACUACCACGCCGCGAAAGCGAAAGCGAAAGAGGAGGACGAGAAGAUCAAGCAGUGCCUGCGGAUGGCGGGGUUGGGGAAGUUCGUCGACGGCGGCGUCCCGAACGUCGGUCUCGCGACGCGUCACCUGGAGUGGAACGACGUGUUAUCCGGGGGCGAGCGGCAACGCAUCGGGUUCGCGCGUUUGUUUUUCCACGCCCCGCCGUUCGCGAUAUUAGACGAGGCCACGAGCGCGAUCAACCCGGACGAGGAGCACUCGCUGUACGAGCACGUGCUCGCGCAGGGGACGACGGUGGUCUCCAUCGCGCACCGGUUGGAGCUUCGGAAGUUUCAUCACCGCGAGUUGCAGCUCGCCGGCGACGGC